AAAAUGUCAGAAUUCCUUCAGGAAAUGUUAAAACAUGAAAAACAAUUCCAUUUUUUAAAGGUUUGGAAAAUUUGCAAUAAAUAAACAUGUUUUCGAAAAAGUAAUUACAGACUUUGAAUUCCUUUGAUAUCGGAAAAAUCGUUCGAAAUAUUUUUUUAUAAGAUACUUAAUUAUUCAUAAGCACAUAUAGUUGGUAUGAAGACGUUUACUUAUAAUGUCAGUCUAUAGCUAGAUCUUGAAAGAAAAAUACUCAUCUUCCUGCCGGUCAUGUAUAUUAGAAUGUUAAUAUUUUUGCUCUCCGUUUCUGAAAAAGCAGAGUUUCUCAAUUCUAAGUACAACCACAACAGAUUCAGUUUUGCUACAUUUGGAUCUUUGACAAGCAACAAUAAUAUUCUGUUCAUUACAGAGCAAAAUUUGCACAGCAGAGUUAUUUUAAACUGUUCUAAUUUCUGUCGAAAGGAUCGCCGUUGUAUUGGAAUGGAGGUGUGCAGAAUCAAAGAGGAAUUGUUCAGGUGUAGAGCGUGCUGUUCUUGGAUGAUAACAAAUAAACAACAAUUUAUAUCAGCUGAUAAUUGCAAAUACUUGAAAAAGGAAGAAGGUUUCUUUCGGAAUAUAGCUGUAAAUAAACCUGUUACUAUGAGCUCUGUAUUCAAUCCAACUGAAACAAAUCACCGUGAAUUCAACGCUGUGAACAAUGUAACCAUUUGUUCAGGUGGAACCUACACAGCACACAGCAACUCAGAACACAUGCCUUGGAUUAAGAUAGACUUACAGUCUGAAUAUGAUGUACAAAGAGUUGUGAUAUUCAACAGACAAGAUCGCUUUGGUGAGCGACUAAAUAAUCUACUGAUAACAGUUGGUAACACAGGAACGGAAAACUUCUGUGGUUACUUUGGAAAAACAGCAAGUACAGCAGACCAAAUUCUAAUAUACUGUGAAGAUGGUACAGUGGGCAGAUAUGUGAUGGCAACCAUUUUUUCUAAUCCAGGAAAACUUGAUAUUCUUAAUAUUUGCGAAUUCCAAGUUUUUGUGAAAUGAACGAACAAUAAUCUUUGGAAGAACAUAACAUAGCAAA